GAAUUCCUGUCGGCCGAGAAGGAAGGUAGGCUGGAUGAGGCGGUCGCAAGAGCUCUGCGACGGAAGGCAGGGAUCAAGGCUGCCACCUCGUUUGAGACGGCUGCGUGGCUGCGGGAGUUCAGACAAACAGGCCGCUGGGAUCUGGCUUUGGCCGUCCUGGCCGCGCUGCGCCGGAGCGGCGGUGCUUGCGGCCGCUUCCAGUAUGCCGCCGUCCUGUCCGUGUGUUCCCAGGCGGCGGCGUGGGCGCCGGCCCUGCACCUGCUGGAGGAGCUGCGCGAAGCGAACGUGGAGACGGAGGUCUCGGAAUUCACCGCCGUGGUGUUGGCAUGUGAGCGUUCCUCGCAAUGGAUCGUUGGUCUGGAGAAAUUUCUGGAGAUGGAGUCGCAGCUGCGCCCCGACCUCCGCGCCCACACCGCCGCGCUGCAGUGUGCUCGGAGUUGGCCCAGAGCUUUGGCGGCCCUGGGCGAGCUGGCGGGGCGGCAGAUGGAGCCCGACAGCCACUGCCACGUGUUGCUGCUCUCCAGCCUGGCGCCAAACGACUGGGAGCUGGGCUUUUCGGCGCUGGAGACCAUGCCAAGCGUCGACUCCCGGCAGCUCGCCUCGCUCGCGCGCGCCGGCUCCGCGGUUUGGACGAGGUCGCUGGAACUGAUGCGCAACCGGCGGGAUGCUUGCAACAUCUACGUGUACAACGCUCUGGCUGCUAGUGUUGCUCCCUGGCCGUGUGCCGUGGCGCUUCUCAGUGUGGCGGCGGCGGGGCCUUUUGAGGGAGGAGUUUAG